AAUAGAUUUGUCGUCUGCUAGAUUGUUAGGCAUGUCCGGGGAUUGCAAGAAAACAUUACAUUUUGUAGCUUAUUCAAGAGUCACAGCUCUAUUUUUACAGGUCUGCUUUAAUUGUAUUAUAUUUAAAGGAAAUAAUAACGCUAACUGAAAAAAUAGUAAAAUGUUUUUUAGAUGAAAAAUGCAUAUUGUCUAUUUGUCAUAGGUAAUCUUCAACUAUCUUCUACCUGAUCAUAAGCCGGAUGUUUUCAAUCCACCCCCAUCAAAAGAACCAGGAGCAGGGAAUGCAUUAGUUAACAUAACUCUAUCAGGUUUAAGAAGAUGGGAUGCUAUAUAUUUCCUUCACAUUUCAAAAUAUGGAUAUACAUAUGAAAAUACUAUAGCAUUCUUCCCUCUCUUUCCAAUGAUUGUUAGAACCUUAUCGAAUACCAUUUUCCUUCCUCUUCAAAAUAUCAUUUCAGAAGAAUUUACACACCUCAUCUCUGCAGUAAUAUUCAACCAAAUCUGCUUUAUUUUCGGAAAGUUUCAAAAGAAAUGCUCUAUAGAAUGUCUUUUAUAAAAUAUUACAUUAUUUCCCUUAUUAAGGAAUUCAUUACGCUUUUCUUUCGAAACUUUUUACAGCCGCAAAACAACUUUAUCAUCUUACAGUUACAAUAUUGAAAAGUGAAAAACUAGCUAAAUCGGCAGUAUUUUUCUUCUAUUUAAACCCGGCUACAAUAUUUUUUGUUGCACCUUAUAGUGAAAGUCUCUAUUCGUUAUUAACAUUUACUGGAUUAAGAUAUUUGGAAGGUGGAUUUCAAUUUAAAUCAGCUAUAUUUUUUGCUCUUUCAUCAAUGACCAGGUUCCAAAUGAAUACUAUAUUUUCAGAUUACUUAUCUUUUACGUUGUAUUGCAGAUCAAACGGAAUUAUAAAUUGUGGAUUUAUAGUUUACUACAACUUUAGAAUUGUAAUUAAAUCAAAUUUAGAUUACCAGUUUUUUGUUCGUGCUUUAAAGAUGAUUGUUUUAUGCUUGGUAUCAGUCGCUCCAUUCUUUAUUUUCCAGUAUUAUUCCUACUAUAUGUUUUGCCAGACUUCCGUCAAAAAUAUUCCUGAUAGAUUGAUUGACUAUGCUAAAGUCCGUCAAUAUAAAUUGCCUGGAGAAUCAAAAUUCUGCUCAAAGUUUCAAUUGCCAUAUUCUUACGUUCAAAAGAAUCACUGGAAUAAUGCUGGUUUCCUCAAUUAUUAUGAAUUUAAGCAAAUACCAAAUUUUCUUUUGGCAAGUCCAAUUCUUCUGCUGGUUUUUUCCAGUUCAUUUACUUACUUUAAAUCAUUAAAUAGAAGAUCAUGGAAGCAAAUUAUUGAAUCUCCUCUCUUUGUUUAUUCUGUACACUGCUUAGUUUUAACUUGUUUUGCAGUGUUAUUUAUGCAUGUACAAGUAACAACAAGAUUCCUCUGCUCAUCAACUCCGAUAAUUUAUUGGUUUGUCUCUUUAGUUAAAGAAGAUUCCACAGCAUACAAGCUACUUAAUUAUUAUUUUCGGUUCUAUUUCUUUAUUGGUAUUGCUGCUUUCUCAAAUUUUCUCCCAUGGACUUGAAGGCGUUUUCCAAGAACAUAAACAAAAAGUUGUCUAUAAAUAGGUAUAUUUUUAACAAUAAAAUUCACUAAGUGAUCUAUCCAAAGGAAACUAAAUUUUUUAUAUUUUCAAGUGAAAAUGAUAUUAAUAAUGUUCUCUCAAAUGGAAACUACAACAAUUAAAUUGAAAUGUACUUGUUAAAAAGUUCUUAGUUAUUAUUUACUAUACCAUUAAUAUUCUACUUCAAAGAUAGAACACAUAUCAAUCAGUUUAUUCAUUCAUCUCCUCUAAAAUAUUACUUAAUUUACUAGUAGAAGCUGUAUUUUAUAUAAAUUCAAUAUACAUAAUUUAAAAUGAUGAACUAAAAUUAGCAUUUACAUUACGUAUAUAAAUAAUCGUCUAUGCUCAGUUUAGCGAACUCAUUCAUAAAUUAAUAUUAGCUAAUACGCUCUUAUUGUUUCUGAAGCUUUAUCAGAAAAAUAAAAUAAGGUUUACAGUAAGGAAAGUUUUCCUGUUUUCUUCAUCACCUUGGUGACGUAAAAAGGACUUUAAAUUUAUGAUUAUAUGUCGUUUUCUAACAUUACCCUGAUCAAUAAACUUGACAUGAUAACAGUUUUUCAAUUUGCUAUGACUUAGUCGAUGGCUAAAUGGUCUUUUUCAAUUUAUAUUAAUAAUAUAUUGCUCUAAUUGUAUUGUUUUCAGUACAACUAUUGACAAUUAGUCAUAAGAAUCUUUUGCAUUAAAGAAUAGUUUUAGAUUCCAAAUACUCAUUCUCGUUCUGAACAUGCCAGUGCACAAUAUUCAUAUGUAUACUCUGGCCUUUGUAGCAUACCUUUCCUUCGUCAGAGUAUCCCACUCAGAGAAUCCGUUAAACUCUCCAGAAGUUAAAUUGAUUAACAAGCUUUUAUUAAACUAUGAGAAAAGAGCUAGACCGAUUAUUAAUGUUUCUGCUGCAAUUCCAGUAACGUACAAUAUUGAUAUUGUAGGAAUACAAGAAGUUGAUCCAAAGAAUCAACGAAUGAGCAUCUUUGCAUGGCAACCUAUGCAAUGGAAAGACGAAUUUCUGGCUUGGAAUAGUGAAGAACAUGGUGGUAUAAAAAGAAUCAUUCUUCCGACAGCUAGUAUCUGGAUUCCAGAUUUUGUUCUUCAAAACACAGCCGAUAAGUUUUAUAAUGAAGAAUCUCUAAAAUACUUCAAUGCAGAGGUUUCGCAUACAGGCAACGUAAUAUUUACUCCAGGUGGUAAACUCUCAACCUCAUGCCCAUUAAACAUGAAAUAUUUUCCUUUUGACUAUCAAGCUUGUAAAUUGUUGGUGUCUGUGUGGGCGCCAAGCUGCGCAGAAGUUAAAAUGGAAGCACUAUCCAAAAAAGUAGCCACAGACCGAUAUGAAGAAAGUGCAGAAUGGACUCUUGUUUCAACAUCGAUUAAAAAUGUCCAAAUUCUAUAUCUGGGAGUAAAGUACUGUUCUAUUGAAAUUAACUUGAAUUUACAACGGAAACCAUUAUAUUUCGUUCUAAUUUUUGUUAUACCUUGUAUUUUAUUGUCAUUUGUUUCAAUAGUAAGUUUUACUAUACCAGCAGAAGGGGGCGAAAGAAUAUCAAUGUCCAUGACCGUGUUAUUGAGUUUUUCUUUCUUUCUAAUAGUUCUUAAUGAUUUAUUACCGAAAAAUUCUGAUGAGGCGCCAAUAUUAGCUAUCUAUAUAGUUGUGGUAAUGGCUUUUAUGGGCAUGUCACUUAUAUGUACCAUUUUAGUAGUUAGACUCCACUAUUCUUCAAAGCCUGUUUCGCCUUUAAUUAAAAGAGUCAUCACUGGCUAUCUGGCUUUUUGUGUAAAAGUAAAAAUAUCACCUGAAAAAGCUACGGGUAUUGACUGGAAGGAUGUUGGGAAAGUACUUGACAGAAUUUUCAUUAUUAUAUUUUCAAUAUGUGUACUAAUCGUCACAAUUGUUGUCUUCUUUUUGAUAUUAACACACAGAAAGUAAAGUGAAGUGAGAUGUACAUUCUAUGAAGUGAUUUGUUUUAAUAAAUAUUGAGUAAUCUGGACUGCGAAAC